CUUGGCCAGCGCGCAGGCGCCUAGGCACCUCGGUCCGUCUUGCGCUGAAAACAUAGGGCUGCCGCGGGCCGCUUCUGCUUCCGGGUCACGGCUUGACAGCGGCUUCCCGGACCGAGCUCUGCCCACGGUUCGGCAGUCUGGAGCAUGUGAACAUACUCUGAGCCUUGAUGAGUUCCAGUAUGUGGUAUAUUAUGCAGAGCAUUCAGAGCAAAUACUCCCUCUCAGAACGCCUGAUCCGAACAAUCGCUGCCAUCCGCUCCUUCCCACAUGACAACGUAGAGGACCUCAUCAGAGGGGGAGCAGAUGUGAACUGCACCCACGGUACACUGAAGCCCCUGCACUGUGCCUGCAUGGUGUCGGAUGCCGACUGCGUGGAGUUACUGCUGGAAAAGGGGGCGGAGGUCAAUGCCCUGGAUGGCUACAACCGGACAGCCCUCCACUAUGCUGCAGAGAAAGAUGAGGCUUGUGUGGAGGUCCUGUUGGAAUAUGGUGCAAACCCCAAUGCACUGGAUGGCAACAGAGACACCCCGCUUCACUGGGCAGCCUUUAAAAACAACGCUGAGUGUGUGCGGGCUCUCCUAGAGAGUGGGGCAUCCGUCAAUGCCCUGGAUUACAACAAUGAUACACCGCUCAGCUGGGCUGCCAUGAAGGGAAAUCUUGAGAGUGUCAGCAUCCUUCUUGACUAUGGUGCUGAGGUCAGAGUCAUCAACUUAAAAGGCCAGACACCCAUCUCCCGCCUGGUGGCUCUGCUGGUUAGAGGACUUGGAACAAAGAAAGAAGACUCCUGCUUUGAGCUCCUCCAUAGAGCUGUUGGACACUUUGAAUUGAGGAAAAAUGGCACCAUGCCAAGAGAAGUGACCAAAGACCAGCAGCUAUGUGAAAAACUGACUGUGUUGUGCUCAGCACCAGGGACUCUUAAGACACUCGCCCGCUAUGCUGUACGCCAUAGCCUGGGUCUCCAGUACCUGCCCGAUGCGGUGAAGGGUCUUCCACUGCCAGCUUCUUUGAAGGAAUACCUGUUACUCUUAGAAUAGCCUGGAGGAGACAUGUCCGCCAUCAUGCAGACAACUCCGGGUGAGGUUUUCUUUGCAAUACUGUCUCUUUGUCAUGGAACACAGAAAAGAACUUGUUUCUAUUGUGUGGUUUAUAGAUUUUUGAGGCAGCACAUCACAACAGUAAUGUGUGUACCAUCUCCCCUCUCCAUACCGAGCAACCAAACCCAAAUAAGAAACUUUCUGCACUUC